AUGGGAGGCUCGGCACUGGACUUUGACAUUUUAAACAAUCUCAGCUACUUGGACGACUUUGAGUGUAACAGCUACGGGGACUUCGAUUAUAACAGCUACGGCGGCGUCGAGUACGAGACCUACGACGACGUGGUCUUGUUUCCCACAGACCAAAGUUUCAUCCAACCACCAUUCACCAAUGUCCAUAUGUUCCCAGCUCUUGACUCACUGUCGCCCCCAGAUAAUCUUGGUCCUUUGCCUCAACACAAAUAUCGCUGCGCUGACUGCACAGAGUCCUUCGCACGCCGAUGCGAACUCACGCGGCAUGAAUUCAAGCAUACCAAGCCAUUUCAAUGCCCGCAAUGCGGCCGCCCCUUCGCCGAGAAGCGACGCUGCAUUCAGCAUGUUCAAGCAGUACACGGCCUGGCGACCGAGGAGGACAAGGUCAAGUGUCAUUUGUGCAAGUACGCGCACGUCCGGCCGGACGCGGUGAAGAGACACAUGAGGCUGAAGCAUGGGGUUGGCGAGAAGUCCGAGUGUUCGCCUUUCACCAUAGGAUCGGGAGAGCAAUCUGAUGCAGAGGAUCGACCGCGGAAGAGGAGGAAGUGA